AAUGCAUUAAAAUAAUGCUGAUCUAAUUAGACCUGGAUGUAGAGGAGGACAUGAUUAAUUCAAUUGGGAAUCUUUAAGAACAAUGAAAUAUCAUGAUCGUGAAUAAUAUUUAGGAUAAACAACAAUUAUUGGUUAUUUGGAUAAGGGUGGAAAGUGGAGAAAGAAAGAUUGGUACAUUAAACCAGAAGAUCGUAAUGAAUUGGAUUUUAAAUGUAUAUGAAUAUAUUUAUAUUAUAGAAUUGGAUGAUGAAUUUAAAAGAGCCAAAGAAGAAGAUGAAAGAAGAAUAAGAAUAGCAUUAGGAUUGGAAUAACCAGAAGAUUAAAAAUAAAUGCAAGUAAAAUUGACCAAAGAGGAAAUGACUUAAUUAACAAAAAAGUCAAAAAUUGAUUUUGAUGAUGAAUUAAAUAAUGAGAAGAAAGGAUUAGGAAAUGGUCCAAUGUAAAAAUAGACUAAGAAUACAGAAGCAUAAUAUUUAUUAGAAGCUUAUGGUCAUUAAGAUUAAUACUAAGUUUAAGUAAAGAAAGAGGAAGAUGGAUGUAUUGAAAAGAAGAUUAAGAAAGAAAAAAAGAAGAAAGAAAAGAAAGAGAAGAAAAAUAAGGAAGAAAAAAAGCAUAAAAAACAUAAGGAUAGUGAAGAUAAAAAAGAGAGGAAAAAAAAGAAAUGA